AACAAUGACUAUUGCGAGAGUUGUAUGGGGCUAGGCGAAUUUAUUUGCUGCGACUCUUGUCCGAGGGCCUUUCAUUUCUCCUGUUGUCAGCCUCCCAUGGACCCACAAAAUCUCCCGGACGAGUGGAACUGCAACGAAUGCCGAGCAGUGUUGGUGAAGCCCAAUCCUCCUGGGAUCUUUCAGCGCUUGCUGGACGCCGUUGACCGCAUGAAUCCAAGGGCCUUUUCUCUUCCAUCUGAGAUACGAACCUUCUUCAGAGGAGGUACGGCCUUUGUGGUUGAUUCCCAUUUGAACUCUAUCCUCGCGCUGUACCACUGUUCUCAGCUGCCCUAA